ACCGACUGGAACACAUACUUUACACAAAUAUGGACAAGUUGUCGACAUCUAAACACAAAUGCCUUAGGCGUGGCUACACAAAAAUUCCUGGCUGGGGCAAGUCGGCUGAGGUGGGCGAAGUGGACAGCAAUGAAGGCAGCGAGUGCGGCAGUGACAAUAGCAACCGCAGCCUGGCUGCAUUCAGCAACAAGUCGGAGGUCAGCAUCGAGCAGCAGGAAUAUUCCGGCGCCUACAUGGCACGUGGCAAGGACGAUGUGGUCCAGCUGAUGACUCGCUGCAGUGCAUUUACAGACAACAUCUUUGGCGAGGAGAUUUUCGUGGCAGACUACAACGGGGAGUGCUGCAAGUUUCGCAUUUGGUCGCCGUAUCAGUCCAAAUUGGCGGCUGCCCUGCUGAAAGGCCUCGACUAUAUACAGAUCGUGGAGGGCACCAAGGUAAUGUAUCUUGGCGUUGCGGCUGGCUGCUCGGUGUCCCAUCUGGCGGACAUUGUGGGCGACGGGGGCAUCGUCUAUGCCAUCGAGACUAGCCCCUGGGCCAACGGCGACCUGCUGGAGCUGGCCAAGCGGCGUCACAACGUGGUGGCCAUCACCGAGGAUGCCACGAUGCCCUAUAAGUAUCAUCGCGUAAUAUUGGACAGCGUUGACUUCCUCUUCUGCGAUACGCUGCACCACGAGCAGCUGCGCAUAUUGAUACUGCACGCUCGACACUUUCUUCGACCCGGCGGCCAUUUCGCGCUCAUGCUAUCGGGCACGCCGCAGGACUGCGUUGGCACCGUAAAUCGACUGCAUGCCGAGCAUCUGGCCACGCUCGACCAGCUCUCACUGCAGCCCCAUGUCCAUGGCUACUUUAUGCUGGCGGGAGUGUAUAAUCUCACCAUACCCGAGUAUCUGAUAGCCUAGCUGACGGGUUGAGCGGGCCAGCGGGUUAGACGAGGAAUCACUUUUAUUUUGUACACCAGUGUAAGUUCCUUUAAGACUUUGAUGCGCGGCCCUGGUAGACCAAUUCAAAUAAAAAAAGUAGA